UGGAUCCUCUGCCGCUUCCAUGAGGCGCGUGCGGUGAUUUUUUCCCCCCGUCCGGUGGAUUUAGUUUGAGGCAGCAGCAUCAUGUGGACGCCGACGGAGGACGAGAAGAUCGGAGUUGUCAUCUGCAACUUCCGGGGCUCGGUGAGUCAGGGCCUGGCCCUGGAGGUGGGAGAGACGGUGCAGAUUCUGGAGAAAUGUGAAGGGUGGUACAGAGGAUUCUCAACCAGGAGGCCAAAUGUCAAGGGAGUUUUUCCCGCCAGCUACAUUCACUUGAAGAAAGCCAUCGUCACCAACCGAGGGCCUCAUGAGACGGUGGCGCCGCUGGAGGACCCCAUCGUGACCGAGGUCACGUCGACGCUGCAGGAAUGGGCCUUGCUGUGGAAACAGCUCUACGUGAAACAUAAGGUCGAUCUGUUCUACAAAGUUCGUCACGUGAUGAUGGAGCUGAUCGAUCUCAGAAGGCAGCUGCUGUCGGGUCACCUGACGCAGGACCAGAGCCGAGACGUGAAGAGACACAUCACCGUGAGGCUGGACUGGGGCAACGAACACCUGGGUCUGGACCUGGUGCCAAGAAAGGAGUUUGAGAUGGUAGAUGAAGACCAGAUAAGCGUGUCAGAUCUCUAUAAGAUGCAUCUGUCCAGCAGGCACAGCGUCCAGCAGAGCACCACACAGGGCGACGGCGGCCGGCAGCGACACGGCGAGCCGUGCAGGGUCCCCGUCCCCCACCACCUGCUGGUCAACCUGAAGAGCUUCACCUACAACAGCAUCGGAGAGGACACCGACAUCUUCUUCUCCCUGUACGACCUCCGGGAGGGCCGCACCAUCAGUGAGAAGUUCAUGGUGAGACUGAACAAAAACGGAGGACCAAAGAACCCAGAGAAGGUGGACCGGCUGUGUGCACUGUUCACGGACCUGAGCAACAAAGACAUGAAGAGAGAUCUUUACAUUGUUUCCCAAGUGAUUCGAACAGGCCGGAUGCUGCUGAACGACAGUAAGAAGGGUCCUCCUCACGUUCAGUACCGCCGGCCGUACGGCUGCGCCGUGCUCGCCAUGAGCGACGUGCUGCAGACCAUCUCUGAGCUCAAAGAGGAGAAGGACUUCGUCCUGAAGGUCUACACGUGUAACAAUGAGAACGAGUGGUACCAGAUCCACGAGAACAUCAUCCGCAAAUCCAGCACCAAAUACACCGCGCCCAGCACCAACUACGGUCUGAUCAUCUCGCUGCAGCUGCUCAGAGGCGACAUGGAGCAGGUCCGCAGAGAAAACCCGCUCAUUUUCAGCAGGAACGUCGCCAUCACGCGCAAGCUGGGGUUCCCCGACGUCAUCAUGCCCGGUGACAUCCGGAACGACCUGUACCUGACGUUAGAGCGAGGAGACUUCGAGAGGGGAGGGAAGAGCGUCCAGAAGAACAUCGAGGUCACCAUGUUCGUCCUGUACGCCGACGGAGAGAUCCUGAAGGACUGCAUCAGCCUGGGCUCGGGGGAGCCCACCGUCCCGGAGCACCGCUCCUUCGUGCUCUACCACAACAACAGCCCCCGCUGGAGCGAGGUGAUCAAGCUGCCCAUCCCCAUCGACCGCUUCCGAGGCUCCCACCUCCGCUUCGAGUUCCGACACUGUUCCACGAAGGACAAAGGGGAGAAGAAGCUGUUCGGCUUCGCCUUCACUCCACUGAUGAGGGAAGACGGAACGACGCUGUCUGACGAGAGCCACGAGCUCUACGUCUACAAGUGUGAUGAAAACACCACCUUCAGUAACCACGCCCUCUACCUGGGCCUGCCCUGCUGCAAGGAGGACUUCAACAGCUGUCCCAGCAUCCCGUCCAGCCUCAUCUUCCAGAGGAGCACCAAGGAGACCUUCUGGAUCUCCACCCAGCUCUCCUCCACCAAGCUCACGCAGAACGUGGAUCUUCUGGCCCUGCUGAAGUGGAAGGCUCACCCCGACCGGGUCAUGGACAUCCUGGGGCGGCUGCGGCACGUCAGCGGGGAGGAGAUCGUCAAGUUUCUUCAGGACAUUUUGGACACUUUAUUCUCCAUCUUGGACGACAACACGGACAAAUACGGUCCGCUGGUGUUUCAGUCGCUGGUGUUCAUCAUAAACCUCCUCAGGGACAGUAAAUACUACCACUUCAGGCCGGUGAUGGACACCUACAUCCAGAAGCACUUCGCCGGCGCGCUGGCCUACAAAGAACUGAUCCGAUGUCUGAAAUGGUACAUGGACCGGUCUGCUGAGGUGGUCCGACAAGACCACAUCCAGGAGGCCAUGAGGGCCCUGGAGUACCUCUUUAAGUUCAUCGUGCAGUCCCGGAUCUUGUACUCUCGGGCCACGUGUGGGAUGGAGGAGGAGCAGUUCAGGACCAGCGUCCAGGAGCUCUUCCAGUCCAUCCGCUUCGUCCUCAGCCUGGACAGCCGCAACUCCGAGACGCUCAUCUUCACCCAGGGCUCCCAGCCUUGUCCGGCCCCCAGUCCGGCCCCGGGCCCCGCCAUCGGGCCGGCCGCCCCCUUAGCGAUAGCAUCGGCCCUGAGCCAGGCCCAGUCUGCUGCCCCGGGGCAGAUUCCCGGGGCGGGGCAGGGCAGCUGCACUCAGGCCUGGAGCUCCAACGCUCUGCGGCCGUCUCCUCUGUCAGCGGCUCUGCUGAACUCCUUUCCAGCCAUCUUUGACGAGCUGCUGCAGAUGUUCACGGUGCAGGAGGUGGCGGAGUUUGUCCGCGGGACGCUGGGCAGCAUGCCGUCCACCGUCCACAUUGGACAGUCCAUGGACGUGGUGAAGCUGCAGUCCAUCGCUCGGACGGUGGACAGCAGGCUCUUCUCCUUCCCCGAGUCUCGGCGGAUCCUGCUUCCUGUGGUCCUGCAUCACAUCCAUCUCCACCUGCGGCAGCAGAAAGAGCUGCUCAUCUGCUCGGGAAUACUCAGCUCCAUCUUCUCUAUUAUCAAGACCAGCUCCCUGGACACGUCGGUGCAGGAGGAGGUGGAGAUGAUGGUGGAGUCCCUGCUGGACGUCCUCCUGCAGACGCUGCUGUCCAUCAUGAGCAAGAGCCAGUCGCAGGAGGCGGUAAGGGGUCAACGCUGUCCGCAGUGCACCGCGGAGAUCACUGGCGAGUACGUGUCCUGCCUCCUGUCGCUGCUCCGUCAGAUGACCGACAUCCACUUCCAGCACCUGAUGGAGAACUUCCAGAGCAAAGAGGAGCUGAAGGAGUUCCUGUUGAAGAUUUUAUGUGUGUUUAGAAAUCUGAUGAAGCUCAGCAUUUUCCCCCGAGACUGGAACAUCAUGAGGCUCCUCACCAGCAACAUCAUCCUGACCACGGCUCAGUAUCUCUCUCCAGCGCUGCACAAGAACUUCACUGAAGCCGACUUCGAUUUUAAGGUGUGGAACUCGUACUUCAGCCUGGCCGUGCUCUACAUCAACCAGCCCAGCCUGCAGCUGGAGAACCUGAGUCCUGCCAAGAGGAAGAAGGUUCUAGACAAGUAUGGAGACAUGAGAGUGAUGAUGACCUAUGAACUCUUCAGCAUGUGGCAGAACCUGGGAGAGAAUAAGAUCCAUUUCAUCCCCGGGAUGAUCGGCCCCUUCCUGGGAGUGACGCUGGUCCCACAGGUGGAGGUUCGGAACAUCAUGAUCCCCAUCUUCCACGACAUGAUGGACUGGGAGCAGCGCAAGAACGGAAACUUCAAACAGGUGGAGGCCGAGCUGAUCGACAAGCUGGACAGUUUGGUGUCGGAGGGCAAAGGAGACGAGAACUACAGAGAGCUGUUCGGCCUGCUAACGCAGCUGUUUGGGCCUUAUCCCAGUUUGUUGGAGAAGAUUGAGCAGGAGACGUGGAGGGAGACGGGAAUUUCCUUUGUUACGUCGGUCACACGGCUCAUGGAGCGACUGCUGGACUACAGGGACUGUAUGAAGGGAGACGAGACGGAAAACAAGAAGAUCGGCUGCACUGUGAACCUCCUGAAUUUCUACAAGUCAGAGAUCAACAAGGAGGAGAUGUACAUCCGCUACAUCCACAAGCUGUGCGACAUGCAUCUCCAGGCAGAGAACUACACCGAGGCUGCCUUCACGCUGCUCUUAUACUGGGAGCUGCUGCACUGGGACGAACGGCCUCUGAAGGAGUUCCUGCAUUAUCCCGCUCAGACCGAGUGGCACCGCAAGGAGGGGCUCUGCCGCAAAGUAAUCCACUACUUCAACAAGGGGAAGUGCUGGGAGUACGGGAUUCCUCUGUGCAGGGAGCUGGCCUUUCAGUACGAAUCUCUCUACGACUACCAGAGUCUCAGCUGGAUCCGGAAAAUGGAGGCGGCGUACUACGACAACAUCAUGGAGCAGCAGCGUCUGGAGCCGGAGUUCUUCCGGGUGGGGUUUUAUGGCAGGAAGUUCCCGUUCUUCCUCAGAAACAAAGAGUUUGUCUGCCGUGGCCACGACUACGAGCGGCUGGAGGCCUUCCAGCAAAGGAUGCUGGGAGAAUUCCCGCAAGCCAUCGCGAUGCAGCACCCGAACCAGCCGGACGAGGCCAUCCUGCAGUGUGACGCUCAGUACCUGCAGAUCUACGCGGUGACUCCGGUGCCGGACAGCGUCGGGGUCCUGCAGAUGGACCGCGUUCCGGACCGCAUCAAGAGCUUCUACCGGGUGAACAACGUGAGGCGGUUCCGUUACGACCGGCCGUUCCACAAAGGACCCAAAGACCGAGAGAACGAGUUCAAGAGUCUGUGGAUCGAGAGGACCACUCUGAUCCUCACACACCCGCUGCCCGGGAUCUCCCGCUGGUUCGAGGUGGACAAGAGAGAGCUGGUGGAGGUGAGUCCGCUGGAGAACGCCAUCUCUGUGGUGGAGAACAAGAACCAGGAGCUGCGGACGCUGAUCAGUCAGUACCAGCACAAGCAGCUGCACGGAAACAUCAACCUGCUGAGCAUGACGCUGAACGGAGUCAUCGACGCCGCGGUGAACGGAGGCAUCGCCCGAUACCAGGAGGCCUUCUUUGAUAAGGAGUACAUCAGCAGCCACCCUGAAGACACGGAGAAGAUCACUCAGCUCAAAGACCUCAUGCAGGAGCAGGUUCACAUCCUGGGCGUCGGCCUGGCCGUGCAUGAGAAGCUGGUGCACCCAGAAAUGCGUCCCCUGCACAAGAAGCUGAUCGAUCAGUUCCAGAUGAUGAGGAGCAGCCUCUGCCAUUGCUUCUUGGUGGCCUUGCAGGGUCUGCCCGGUCUGGAUAAGGCCGCUCUGGUGGGAGCCGCUCCCAGAGGCAUCCUGGCCUCUCACAGCCCCAUGAGCCCCGAGAGCUUCAAGCUGCUGCACCGACACAGUGAGACGGGGAAUCUCCUGAUCCUGGCCGACGGGAUGGUGGUCGAGCACCCCGAGGACUUCUACCGCAUGCAGGCCAGCCCCUCCUCCUCCAGUCUUAGCUCCACCCAUUCUGCGCCCUCUCAGAUGAUAAACUCCGCCCCCUCCACCAUCAGAGUCGGCUCGCCGUCUCUGCCCGACAAGUACAGACACAACCGGGAGAUGCUGAUGCUGCUGCCGCCUCACAGAGAGAGGCCGAGCAGCGCCAUGUACACCAACAUCACCGAGAACGGACAGCCUACAAACCUGCAGCGGGCCCUGUUCCACCAGGUGAUCGGUCCAUGCAAACCCUGCAGCGACCCCAACCUCUCUGUGGCUGAGAAAGUGCUCACCACUCCCAGCAGCUGGAGUCUGGACAGCGGCACCAGGGAGGCCCUCCCCUUCCUGUCCGCGCACGUCGGCAGCGUCAUGGCGCCUCCGGUCCCGCCGCGCAACGUCCCUCCUGGCCAACACCUGUCGAUGCACUUUGACGCUUUCCACCACCAGGUCAGCGACCUUCCUCCAGCUCUCCCUGCGCGCUCCUUAAGAAAGUCGCCCCUGCACCCUAUACCUGCCUCGCCCACCAGUCCACAGUCCAUCCUGGAUGGCAGUAACUCCACCCUCUCGGGCAGCGCCAGCUCCGGAGUGUCCUCCCUCAGCGACAGUAACUUUGGGGGCCCCGCCUCCUCCUCGGACCCUGGGGCCAGCCGCACCGACACCCUGGACUCGGCCCCCAGCAGCCAGGCCUGGACCACCGACCAGGAGGACCUGGACUCGCCCUACCAGCCCGUCCGGUACAGCGUCUCCGAGCCCGAGGUCCUGGACGGGGCGAAGCCGCCGCCCUGCCGCAGCCACUCCGCCCCGGGGGGCGUGACCCCAGCUCAGCCUCUGGCCCCGGGUCCGGCGCCCCCCGGUGGGCAGCAGGAGGUGCCACCGCACCUCCUCUACCACCACCACCACCACUUCCACCCCCACUACAUCCCCCACCUUCCUCCCCUUUACCACUUCCACGAGCCUCCCCCCGCCCUCCCCCCCAAGCCCUACAUCAGGGAGGGCUGCAUCCCCGAGGAGGACCCCCAGUCCACGCCCGCCCCCCCACCCGCCCCCCGGCCCAUGCCGCGCAAAAUCUCCCAGCCCAUCAUCGCCGCCACCAAGGACGAGCAGGCCAAAGUGGCGUGGGAGCACGGCGUGAGCGAGGAGUGAGAGGCGACGAGAG